UAUACCGUCUCUGUCUCCCGAAGUAGCCGCGGAGAGGGGGUCCAGUGCCAGCCGCAGCAUGAGCAUGGACCCCCUGGCCAAGCCCUGCCCGUCCCAGGCGGAGCACACCCUCGGGAACUUCAGCGGCCGGCUGACGGCGCUGGAAGCUGCUGGGGAGGACAGCGAGUCUGGCUGCGGCGAAGAGGAGGCCAUGGGGGGCAGCGAUACGUUCAGUAGCCUCGUCGAGAUGGAGGUGGAGACGCUGGAGCAGAAAUUAAAGGGUCUGGCUUUUAGGAAACAGACUUCGUAUAGGAAAGCCAUCUCGCGGUCAGGUCUCCAGCACUUGGCCCCAGUCCACAAAUCCAUGCCCCCCAUCACUAACGGACCUUCCAAGGAGAUACGCACGUCCAUCGAUUGGACAGAGACUGCUGUGAACGGGGACCACCUGUGGCUGGAGACCAGUUGUUCUGGAGAGCUGUGCUACCUGGGAGAAGACACCUGUGUACUGAAGACUGCAAAGUCUGCCCCCAGGAGGAAGUGUGCAGUGUGUAAGAUCGUAGUCCACACCGCCUGCAUCGAGCAGCUCGACAAGAUUAACUUCCGCUGUAAACCAACGUUUAGAGAAGGAGGCUCUCGCUGCCUCAGAGAUAAUAUGUUGAGGCAUCACUGGGUGCACCGGCGCCGCCAAGAGGGGAAAUGCAGACAGUGUGGGAAGAGCUUCCAGCAGAAGUUCUUCCACAGUAAAGAGAUUGUGGCCAUCAGCUGCUCCUGGUGCAAACAAGCUUUCCAUAACAAGGUGACAUGUUUCCAGCUACAUCAGAUUGAGGAGCCCUGUUCUCUUGGGGCUCACGCCGGGGUCAUUGUCCCCCCCUCCUGGAUCAUCAAAGUCAGGAAGCCACAGAGCUCGUUCAAAAACUCUACAAGGAGGAAAAAACGCACAUCGUUUAAAAGAAGGACCAGUAAGAAAGGAACUGACGAAUCAAAGUGGCGUCCGUUCAUGCUGAAGCCCCUUCCUUCCCCUCUGAUGAAACCUGUUCUAGUCUUUGUCAACCCCAAGAGCGGAGGCAACCAGGGUGCUAAGGUGUUACAGAUGUUUAUGUGGAUCCUGAACCCUCGCCAAGUGUUUGAUCUCUCCCAGGGAGGACUCAGAGAGGCGUUGGAGUUGUACAGGAAAGUGCCAAACCUACGUAUCCUGGCCUGUGGAGGAGACGGGACGGUGGGGUGGAUCCUGUCUGCUCUGGAUGAAUUAGGAAUGACCCCACAUCCGCCUGUAGCUGUACUUCCUCUGGGGACAGGAAAUGACCUCGCCAGGACCCUCAACUGGGGAGGGGGUUAUACAGACGAGCCGGUGUCCAAGGUACUGUGUCAGGUGGAGGACGGCUCUGUGGUGCAGCUAGACAGAUGGAACCUUCAGGUGGAGAGAAGCCCCGCCCAGCCGGAGGAGGGCACACAGAAGCUCCCACUGAAUGUGUUCAACAACUACUUCAGCCUGGGCUUCGAUGCCCACGUCACACUGGAGUUCCACGAAUCCAGAGAAGCCAACCCUGAGAAAUUCAACAGCCGCUUCCGCAACAAGAUGUUCUAUGCAGGGGCUGCAUUCUCUGACUUCCUCCAGAGGAGCUCCAGGGAUUUGUCUAAACACGUCAGAGUGGUGUGUGACGGGACAGAUCUCACUCCUAAGAUCCAGGAACAGAAGUUCCAGUGCAUCGUCUUCUUAAACAUUCCCAGGUACUGUGCAGGCACCAUGCCGUGGGGGAACACAGGAGACCACCGGGACUUUGAGCCUCAGCGCCAUGACGACGGCUGUAUCGAAGUCAUCGGAUUCACCAUGUCCUCCCUUGCGGCACUGCAGGUAGGAGGUCAUGGUGAGAGGCUGCACCAGUGUAGAGAGGUGACUCUGACGACCUUUAAGACCAUCGCUGUACAGGUGGAUGGAGAGCCGUGUCGCUUGGCCCCCUCAACCCUCCGGAUCUCCCUACGCAACCAGGUCAACAUGGUACAGAAGAGCAAAAGACGAACCUCAGUACCCCUGCUCAAUGACCCCCAUGCUGUCCCCGAGCGCCUGCGCCUCAGAGUCAACCGUAUCAGUCUGCAGGACUACGACAGACUACAGUUCGACAAGGAACGACUCCGAGACAUCUCGAUCGCUGUGGGGAUUGUGGUGGUGAGAGGGGACUGUGACCUGGAGACCUGUAGACUCUACAUAGACAGGCUACAGGAGGAUCUUCAUCAGGCUCCAUCUGCUGGCCACCGAGUGCAUUACCAGGAUGAGUGUCGAGGUCUACCGCGACCUGGCUCCGCUCACAGACUGUCCCCUAACUGGAGCUUCCUGGACUCUACGUCUGCGGACCGUUUCUACCGUAUAGACAAGGCCCAGGAGCACCUGCACUAUGUGACAGAAAUCUGCCAGGAAGAGGUGUUUAUCCUGGACCACGAUGGACUAGCGGGGGGACAGGCCACAGAAAUGCCUGACCUGGUGGUGGAGCCCAACUCUGGGAGCCCUCUGACAUCUGAGGAACAAGCACUGUUGACGGCUGCCUGCUCUGGGGACCUGACUACGUUGUCGGGCAGCUUCUUUCGUGGGACCAGCCUUCUGGUGAGGGAUUCUAGGGGUUGUAGUGCACUACACCUGGCCUCCCAGCACGGACACACUGAACUGGUCUGCUUCAUACUGGAGCACGGGUCAAAGGUGCUCCUGGAUUUAACCGAUAGAGAAACAGGAGACACUGCCUUGCACAAAGCGGCCUCUCAGAAGCAUCACGCUAUGUGUCGUCUUCUCAUGGACUCCGGAGCUUCCAUCAUCAAGACCAACUUCAAGGGUAAGACGCCAGUGGAACAAGCUCGUAACGCGGGGGACCAAGAGCUGGCCUCCUACCUGACCAGCAAACAGCACCCUACCACUGUCUCCCACGAAGAUCUGGAGACUGCUGUAUGAGAGAGAGCGAGAGAGAGAGAGAGGAAAAAAUGCUACACUCGGAGAGAGGGGAAGACAGGGAGAAGAGGAGGAGAGAUGGAGGAGAGAGUUAAGCCCCCUUCACCUCCAUAGAUUGACUGAGGGAUGGACAGACGGAUGGACCGACAGACAGGAGCAGCCUGACGCGCUUUAGACUCCAUAAUCAGCAUUACUCUGUCCUAUCCUGCACAGGAUAGAAUUUAAUAGAAAUCAUUAUUUAUUAUUGGUUUUAUUAAUUUAUUAAUUUAUUGAUUGAUUGUAAACCUAUGGGAGUGUUGGGGUAUGGAGUUGCCUGUUGUUCACUGAAUGCCAGGGUCCGGGCUAGGUUAGGGUUCCGGGGGUUAGGGGUCAGGGGUCAGGGAUCAGGGAUCAGAGGUGAGGGUUCACAGACACACAGACCCUCUCUCAGUGCGGCCCUGCAGCCUUACAUACUGUACCAAUGCGGUUCAACCACGGUUAAACCACGUACUAAACAUAGUUUCAACAUAUGUAUUUUCCCAGAAGGCCUUUGUGAAUCAUUCAGACGUGUGCCAAAGACACACAGCAAUGUGAGGCAGGGACAGCACCCAGCACCCUCCAUACUACGAGCACUGCUACACUAGGAUACCACUACUGCUAUCCCACCAACACUGCUACACUAGGAUACCACUACUGCUAUCCCACCAACACUGCUACACUAGGAUACCACUACUGCUAUCCCACCAACACUGCUACACUAGGAUACCACUACUGCUAUCCCACCAACACUGCUACACUAGGAUACCACUACUGCUAUCCCACCAACACUGCUAGGCUUGUAGACACCCAAUUCUAAGACUCCCCCGGAGGCCAGUGUGGGACUGAGAUGAGUGGACAGACAGCUAGGCAGACAACGAAAAGAGAGACAGACAGAUUCUCCAUGCAGCCUUGGGGACCCGUUACACACCCAACCUAGAGCUCUACCAGAGCUGCAUGUACAGUCGUGGUCAAAAGUUUUGAGAAUGACACAAGUAUUGGUCUUCACAAAGUUCGCUGCUUCAG